CGCCCAUGCCGCGGGCAGCCCCUGCCAGCAGCCGCCGGCUCCAGGGGGCGCCAAGCGGCGCCGGUGCCGGUGCGGGUGCCGGUGCGGGUGCCGGUGCGGGUGCCGGUGCCGCCCCGCCGGCCGGGCCGGCUUGCGGGGGGGCCGCGCCGCAGGUGAGCGCCAGGGCGGCGGGGCGGGCCCGAGGGGCGACAGAGGCGAAGUCGGGCGGGGAAGGGUCCCCGGUGCCCCCCGCACCUGCCCGGGAGUCCCCGCACGGUUCGGGAGGUGGGACGGGGACCAGGCGGAGAGCGGCCCUCAGGCAGAGCGAAACUGGACGGCUGUGAAGGCGGGUGAGCGGCCCUCCGAGUUGCCGUCCGGCCAGGGUUGCUGUGUGCACCCUUGGGAGCACAGGAUGUCUUCUGGGAACUGGAUGGACGGCAUCCAGUCCAGGGGGUUCCCUAUCCACGCCUCCAGCCAGUCAGUCCCUUGGCAUCCUUCAACUUUAAAGCACUGGACAAUUUCGGCAAGUACACGCAUUGCUUCCCAGUUGUUUUCUCCUCUUAAUUUUCUUAAUAUUCUAUUAAUUUUUGUAUUUGUAAAAGAGGAGCCUUUACAUUUGGGAGAAUAAAGGGUCAGUUUUCCCUUUUAAUCUCAGAUCUGGCAGCUCACACCAUCUCAAAAUGUCACCACAUGUUCUGAAUUGUGGGACUUGAAAAUUAUUGUGGCUUGUAUGUAGUCAAUGUUCAAAACAAGCAUUUAAAUCACAGCAUUACUAAAUAAAACACACAACUCCUAGCUGCACGGACUGGAUUAAACAUAAGAAAGCUAUCAAUGCUUGUGGUUUCUAUGUUCCCACAAUUCUAUUUAUAUUACUAGAAAGGGAAGUGACAUCUCUUAAUGCGUUAAUAUAAUGCCGUGGUAUCCAAGUACAAAGCAGUUCAAUGAGAAACAAAACCAAGCCCAUAAUGUACAACCUGUCCUACACUGCAGACACCUUGAUGUGAUACUACCUGCAUAUACUCUGAAGUAUCCCAUUUCUUUUAUUGGGACCUACUUGUAGUAGGUAAAAUUAAGUAUCUCCACGAAGAGCUGGAGGUUUUGUGGCUCGGUUCUGUGUUCCUGCAUCAGGUACUACUAUACUUCACAUAAGACUGCUUCUAUUAAGUUAUACUUUUUUACAAUGUUAAAAAUUGCAUUAAAAAAAGGUCAACAUUUCUAUUAAAUUAUAUUUUAAA